UAAAUUGUAAUCUGAGUUUAAGAUAAAUAGGUUUUGUUCUCUUUACUAAGAGUUUCGGUUAGCGAAGAAGUAAAAUAUCGACACAUUAGCGCCGCCCGGAGACUCUUAACAAUCUGUUACUAAUCAAAAAGUAUUUUCUUUCAUUCUUUAACCAUGCAAGAAUGCCGGGGACUAAAUGUUUACAAAACGGAAAGAAAAGGAUGGAAAAUUGACUAAUAAAGCGUGUGAAUCGCUGAUGUGGGGAACCAGGUGCUGUGUACAAGAUAAACUGAGAUUCAGAAAUACAGAAGAAAAUUAAUUUUGUAAACGCCGAUGGGACAAAUUAGAGUGACGACGAAGUAGCACAAAGAUGUUUGUUUAAGGGAAAUUUAAAAAAAAGAGAGAGAGAGAAAAGAAAACAAGGGAUUUGUGAUGAUACGGUAAAGGGACAUUUUUGCCAUUAUACACAUGUUGGAGCAGAGUCAAUAAUACUCGGUAUGAGGUUCCUUAAGCAGAAUAAUGGCAGUUUCACGUGCCUACACACGGUACUCCUGUACUUUUUAUUAAAAGCUGUUCUCUUGGUCAGGGCCGAUGACCACGAGUUCCGCCUAAUCCGGGACAUCAUGGUCCGGUACGACAAGCGCACCCGGCCUUCGGGCAACCACACCCUACCUACCACAGUCAACUUCAGUGUGGCGCUGGCCCAGAUCAUUGAUGUGGAUGAAAAAAAUCAGAUAAUCACCACCAAUUGUUGGCUAAACUUGAACUGGAGGGACAAUAUGCUUAGAUGGAAUCCACGGAAGUAUGGGGGGAUAAAAGUGAUUAGGUUGCCUUAUGACCAAGUGUGGCGCCCGGAUAUCCUGCUUUAUGACAAUGCGGAUGUCGGAACAGCACAGUCAUCCGUCAGCACCAACGUCAUAGUGUCUGAUACCGGAAAUGUCACGUGGUUAUCUAUGUGGAUUUUCAAAAGUUCGUGUUCGAUGGAUGUCCGAUAUUUCCCUUUCGACGUACAGAAUUGUUCUAUGAAUUUUGCAUCUUGGACUUUCGAUGCAUUUCGGAUGGACAUACGAAAUGACGCAGAAGAGGGCGAUUUAUCAAACUACGUCAACAGUUCGGAAUUUGAGGUUGUAGAAUUCAGUUUCAAACGUCACGUGGUUGUCUUCACGUGUUGUCCUGAGCCGUACGUGUUUCUGACUUACACCCUCGUAGUUCAACGUAAGCCGCUGUUCUACCUGUUCAACAUGGUGAUGCCCUGUAUUCUAAUUACUCUAGUGGCACUGUUAGGGUUCUACAUGCCAAAUGAUUCCGGGGAGAAGCUUUCUAUGGGGAUCACAACUCUACUGUCCAUGACAGUCUUCCUGAUGAUUGUCGCAGAAAGGUUACCACCAGUUUCGGAUAUUGUACCCCUUAUAGGUCUCUAUUACGGUAUGUCCAUCGCCCUUAUUUCUUUGUCAACAGCGCUCAAUGUCUUCACGCUGAAUGUCCACCAUAAAGGCCUGCGUGGACAUGAAGUCCCAUACUGCCUCAAACGCGUGUUCUUUGGGAUAGUUGCCAAGCUGUUGUUUCUCAAAAUUGAUUUACCCGUAGCCCCAGAAGAGGGAAUGGAGCAGGUGCCCUCACCGCGGUAUAUCAUUUAUGAGAGCGAACCACCACCUGCCACGAACGGAAGAGAUGAUGUACCUCCGAGAUUUCCACAAAAGACAGAUACAGACGAACCAUGCCAAAAAGAAUUUAUGAAAAUAUUACACCGAAUUAACAAGACUAUCGACCGCAAUGAUCAGCGAAUGGCUGAACAAGAUAGGCGUGACGUCAUCAAAGUAGAGUGGCAACAGCUAGCACUCGUCAUAGACAGGUUGCUCCUCGUGCUUUUUAUUGUCAUUGUUGUUUGUUCUACUUUGUCUUUGCUGAUUCCCGGAAGUAAUUAUUCACACCCGAUCAUGAACCACGAAUAAUCUAACAUCUUUUAUUACAAAACAUUUAUACCGGUUCUUAAAAAGGAAGUUUAUAUUAUGUAAGUUAAGCUUACAUUACAUUGUGGUUCUAAUAAAUAUGGGCUCGA